GCAAUUUCAACUUUUAGCGCUUCAGUCUGAGAUGGCAACUUGGUAAAAAACCAACAUUUUAGAUUAAUCUCUGUGAAAUCUAAUAUCUACAUUUUUCCUUUUGCAUUAGGAAUACGUAGGUUUGGAAAUGGUUUUGAACUUCAAAACAGACAAAAAAAAAAACAAAAAACCCUCACAAUCCUUAAAAUGGGGAUGCAAUUGUGAUUAAGUUACACCUUCUUUAUUCCAGGGAAACCUCUGCCUCAUUCCCACAAUGAGAGAUAAGAUGCAGAGGGUCAACCUCUCAACAGUGUCCGAAUUUGUUUUUGUGGGCCUCUCUGAUGCCCCAGAAAUCCGUUUGCUUCUCUUUGUGCUGUUCCUGCUCCUUUAUUUGGCCACCGUGGCAGGCAACAUCAUUCUCCUCGUUGCCAUCAGCACUGACCCCCACCUGCACAGCCCCAUGUACUUUCUCCUCGGCAACUUAUCCCUGCUGGAUCUCUUGUGUCCCACCAUCACCGUGCCCAAGAUGCUGGGGGCCUUGCUGCUGGAGCACAAAAAGAUUUCCUUCUCUGGCUGCCUCUUCCAGCACUUUUCCCUCAUUGCUGUGGUGGGCACAGAGAUUUUCCUCCUGACCGUGAUGGCCUACGACCGCUACGUGGCUGUGUGCCACCCCCUGAGGUACCCGAGCAUCAUGAGCACCAAGCUGUGUGCCCAGCUGGCCGUGGGCACCUGGGCAACAGGGCUUUUGAACUCCCUGCUGCACACCUCUCUGGUGUUCACACUGUCUUUUUGUGGGGCUAACAAGAUCCAGCAGUAUUACUGUGACAUUCCCCCCGUGCUGGCCCUCUCCUGCUCGCCCACCCACAGCAGGGAGCUGGUGAUCCUGGUGGUGGCCGGGGUGCUGGGGAGCGGUGCCUGCGUGGUCACCGUGGUCUCUUACAUCUUUAUCCUCCUGGAAAUCCUGGCCAGGAACUCCCCUGGCAUCUGGCACAAGGUUUUCUCCACCUGUGGGUCUCACCUGACCGUGGUUUGCCUUUUCUACGGGACCACAAUCAGCACCUACGUCCGCCCUUCCUUCACCUACUCCCCGCACCGGGACAGGGUCGUGUCCAUGCUCUAUGGAAUGCUCACCCCGCUCCUAAAUCCCAUCAUCUACAGCCUCAGGAACAAAGAGGUAAAGUGUGCCCUAAAAAGAGUCAUCAAGUAG